AUGGACUCUCACCCCAAUGACCAACUGGUACUGACUUCACUCGCCAGCGCGACAAUGUCCCAACAACGCGGCGUAUACCCUUCCAAUUCUCCACCUCGCACUCCUCCCUCUCAAACCGCAAAAUAUCGGCCCAAGCGUGGCUACCCUACCCGUCCAUCGAUCCGUGAUGCCUUCCCGGGCGGGAAUGCGCGCAGUGCCAGCGACUCGGGCGACGAGCGGGACCCUCACGACCUGUCUUUGUCGCCCAAACAUGCUGCCCGCACCUCCAUCGUAGACAACAUGCUCCUCUCCCUCGAUCAAUUUGACGCACCCGGAUCUUCGGUGCUGGACGAUUAUCGACUCUUCAACUCCGCCUUCGAGAAUGAACUACAGGGUCGCUAUCGCGGCCAUACAUUCUCCUCCUCAAUGUCUUCCGAAGCGGACUUUGGUUAUGACGACAGUAGUAGCAGUCGUUAUGCGACCAUCACCUCCAAAGGUCGACGAAGCAACAGCAGUUCAAAUCAUCAAACUGCGCCGAGGAGAACGAGCAGCACCCGUGGCCGAGAUGCAAUGGGUUCCAGAGGAGGCACUUUGCCGAGAGCAAAUGACGUUCGGAAAGGAAGCAAGGGAAGCGCCUCUAACGCAGAUUAUUCAUAUGCCUUGCCCAGAGGUCGUGCGGACUCGGAUGGCCGAGAUCGCCGGUCAGAGAGUUUUGACUGUGGGCCCAAGAAAGCCUACAUUCCAUAUGCAGACCAUGGCCGAGGCCAGGACUCGUUCCUAUAUGACGAUGAUGCGGCUCCAACCCCUAGUGUACCAGCUGGCCCACGCAAACUCUACGACUAUAAGACUCCCAAUGCUACCGUGAAAUCAUCCAAUGCACCUCAGGUCCGAAAGAACCGCCCCGAGAACAUUGGUACCGGGGCCCUCAAAACCCGAGACAACGAUUUCCUGGGCGAUACAGACCUUGAUCUUCCGCCGACCAUUCCGGCAUCUUUGGACCCGCCUGCUCCUAGCCCAACAAUAUCAUAUAACAAACUAGCUUUCCCUCAGCCUGAACCGACAGCCACGAUCACGAACACCAUAAUCACGGCAAAUCUGAGCACCUCUGCCGCCGCUACCACCAACACAAUCAAAGAGCGUCCAGGAUUUUUCCGUCGUGUGUUUGGUGGAUCAUCAAAGAUUACGUCUCCGGCGGAGUCUCCCAAUUCUCAUAUGGACGACAACUCAUAUUUCCCGGAGAAAGAAACCAAGGAGUCAAUCAGUACGACCGCCAAUCUUAAACGGGAACAGCAACAAGGACAGCAGUCCCAGCAGCAGCCUCCAAAGAGCGCAGUAGCUGCCACACCUACUCCUGCUGCCCGAAAAGGGCCUCCUCAAGUGGUGAAGCAAAGUCAUCCUUCUUCCGCCGGCGUGCCUCAAGAGCUGUCCCCUUCAAAUCUGGAUACGGUGAAGCCAGCAUCAAGUCCCGUAAGCAGCUUGCGCCAGAUUAUGAAUCAAUAUCUGGACGAAGCUGGCGCACCAGCCAAUACGGAUCGCAAAGAAUCCCGCAAAGAAAGCCGCAAAGAGGAGCCUCAGUCUAUCGAGUCAGCCUCGCUGCAGGCGCAAAAGCCAAGGGAAAGUGUCUCGGCUCCUGGUGGUAGCUCCAAGCCGAAACAGAAGCUCCAGCCUCCAAGCUCUUCUCGCGGCCAGGAGUCUCGUUUGCCAUUAGCAGAUAGCCGGAGUACCAAUGACUCUGCCCGAAAAGCAGGUGAUGUGGAGUCAAUCUCCUCUGCAGAGUCCCCCUUGCAGGAAAAGAACUCUAACGUCAACCCCUCUAAGUCGCUGUCACCUGUUGCAGAGGAUUCCUCUCGCACCAUAAGGGUGUCUACGAAAAUGGCACCACCGACCGAUUCUUCUCGUGAUACUCUGACAGGUGUGAGCAAGCUGCCUUUGCCCUCGGACGGCAAUGUUCCUGGGUCGCCUGCUGCAUCAGAGGCAUCGCAGUAUCUGACUGCAUCGAACACGCCAGUCAUUGAAUCGGAGGAACUCAACGCUGCCAUUGACGCCGAUGACAAAGAGGCCCCGACCAACGGGCCUGGCGAUGCCGUCGAGGAAGGGCCUACUGCGUCUGAUCGCGAACAAGCACGGAACCUCUUCGAUAGUCAGAAUCAGGUGGUUGGUAAUGUGCCGGCAGCUGCUUGGCUUGGUGAGCCUGACCGGGCGAUGGUUCGGGAAGCGUACAUGCGACUCUACAACUGGUCGAACAUGAACAUUCUUGUCGCCCUUCGAAGUCUCUGUCAGCGAUUGGUGCUCAAGGGCGAGACCCAACAAGUCGAUCGGGUGUUGGAUGCAUUUUCAUGCAGAUGGUGUGACUGUAACCCGAGUCAUGGCUUCAAAGCUACAGACGUUGUUCAUACCAUUUGCUAUUCCCUCCUGCUUUUGAACACCGAUCUACACUUGGCGGACAUUGAGCAAAAGAUGACCAAAUCCCAAUUCGUUCGCAAUACCAUGCCCACUAUUCACCGUGUGGCCAUGGAUGCUGCACCUGAAGGAUUCGAGACUUUGCGGCCUCACAAAUCCAAGACGGUACCAGCCGCCGAAUCUUUUCACUCAGCACCCAACUCUGCUCGCUCUCAAACCUUCCCACAGGAUGUAGCUCGCGGCUCCUUGGAUGACAAUACUGGCCGUAACGUCGCUGACGUUGAUACUGGUCCAUUGGUCAAUACUCCCUUUACGGGAACGGUGCGAGCAUGGGAGCAGCAGGUGGAGACGGUUUUGAAAGAUUUCUACUCUUCCAUCCAAAAGGAGAGACUUCCUCUCCACGGUGCUCCGCCAGAGAGAGAGGUAAAACGUAUGUCCUCAACCAAUUUCCUGAUUCCGUCAUCGGGUACCCUUCGCCGAAGUCCCAGCACCAUCAGCAAGAGUGGCUCGGAUAUCUUCCCUCGUGGCCGUUCGGCAGAUUCGCGCCAUGGUGCCGCGCGGUGGUCAUCUAAGCCCCGUUCACGCGGAGGACGACUCUAUCCUGCAUCCAUAAUGGGAUCCAGCCGGACCAGCCUAGAUGAUCAGUCUUCUGUCUGGAGUCCGGCUGCUUCGAGUACCUGGAGCAAAUAUUCGCUGGGCAAGUUCACGUCGGCCUCGGUGGAUUCAUUUGGCUCCGAGUAUCCUCGUGGUGAGUACCAGCAAUCGAUUGGGUUCGCCAAUGCCCUGAGUCAGGCUAUUAUUCGUGAAGAUACUGCCACGUCUAUCUACAGUUUCGAGGAGCCAACCGCCCCCUUACUUGAAGAUGAGACGUUAGCCUUGGCCGGCGCGCCCUGGGCCAAAGAAGGUAGUGUCAAGCACAAGCACCACUUGGAUGCGGUGGACAAGCGCGCCAAGGACCGUAAUUGGAAUGAGUGCUUCGCUGUUAUCCAGCAGGGCUGGAUGCGGCUCUUCUCUUUCAACAAUGCGUCCAAGUCUAUGCGGCAGAAGGCUAAGCAGCGUGGCGGUGUUGUGGUUGGAGGUGGUAACUGGACUGAGAACGCCGAGGAGAUUUGGAAGUUCAUGCUUCGCCAGACUAUCGCCAGUGCCCUUCCGCCACCAGGUUACUCCAAGUCUCGUCCUCACGUAUGGGCUCUCAGUCUACCAACCGGCGCCGUCCACCUCUUCCAAGCCGGGACGCCGGAGAUUGUGCGGGAAUUCGUUUCGACAGCCAACUAUUGGAGUGCACGACUCUCCAAAGAGCCUUUGGUGGGCGGUAUCAGCAACAUAGAGUAUGGUUGGAGUGACGCCGUCAUCAACAGUGCCUUGAUCCACGCUGAGAGCCGCUCACCACCCCCAACCUCCGGCGCCCCGCGUCCCAGCAUCCAAAGCUCAAUCCGCAGUUCCCUGGAUCACCAGGGAGUUGUUCGACCCAGGCUACCUGCGGACCGGGUGCACAUUAGCGACUGGAGUCCGCCACAGCAGAGCAUGGUCGCCUCACACCAGUCGGAAGAAGACCAGCUCAAGGCUCUGCAGGCGUAUGUGCAGAACGUCGAGGACGACCUCCAGCGGCACAACGAGCUGCGACCAGCCAUGAAUCUGGCCUUUUCACCACGGCAUCCCAAUUCUGCCAAGGCCAUGGCCAACUGGGAACGGAAAUCGUCGUACUUGCUGCGCGAGAUUGUCAAGUUCCGCACAUACAUUGAUUCACUCCGCAAUGCAAUCACCAAGAAGGGGGAGAUUUAUGCUUCGACGAAUAAUUAUUAUAAUCCUCCUACGACUGGGGAGGAUGUGGACACGGAGGAGCAGCAACAGACCGCUCCUUCGACUGCUACCACCACUGCAUAA